UUUAUUUUUGUUAUUGCAUAUUUUUUGUUAAGUAUUUGAAUCUGCAAGUAACUAAAGUUAUGCAAUUGAAGUGGGUAGUAAAAAAUACAAUAUGUAGUGAAGUCGAAGUAUGCAGUAGCAUAAAAAUCGAAAAUACUCAUACUAUAUAAUACUCUAAUUAAAUUACAAGUACCUUUAAAUUGUACUUAAGUGGGCUACAGUAAUUUAGUAAAUAAAAUGACUUACACUUACACUCGUCACCAGGUGGUGGCGGUAAUGUGCCGUAUCGUUAUUUACCAACUAGCACAGAAAUUAAGAGAGGGUAGAAGAAGAAUUCAAGCAGCGAAGAAGAAACGAAACGAACGACGUUUGAAUUAUUUUCAGGUUUUGACACACUUUCCAGCUAAAUAUCGGUUUAUUCGCCUCAUUUGCUUGUUUUCACACUAAUAUAAUAUACAGGUUACAUUAUAGUAGUUCACUAAGUGCAACAGUACCUGUAGCGAGAGUUUGCUCUAUAAUAACGGCUUUACGUCUUCUGCAUGCGCUGCGUGUCUGCUAACAUUUUUAGCAACAAUGCUAACAUGAGUUGUGUUGUAACCGCGCAUAUUCACACUGUUACAAGAAUCUACUCUAUGAAAGUGUGACAACGCCACUCACUGCCGUUGUAGUAGUCUUUGAGGAAUAAAAGCGUCACUGUUUUGCCUUCUGUAGCACCAUGUCGAAGAGGAAAGUAACAUUUGAAGACGGCGACGGAGGGUUAGAGGCUGAUGACGACAUCCCAAACAAAAAGAGUUGUGAGGCUGUGAGUGGACCAGGCUCCAGGUUUAAGGGCAAACAUUCCCUUGACAGUGAUGAAGAGGAUGAAGGAGAGGACUCAAAAAGCAGCAGCAAAUAUGACAUUCUGGCCAGUGAUGAUGUGGAGGGCCAAGAGGGAGCAACAAUCGACUAUGAUGAGGGAGUUUCUAUUACACCUUUCAAUCUGGAUGAGGAGAUGCAGGAAGGGCAUUUCGACUCGGAGGGAAACUAUUUCAUCAAAAAGGAAGAACAGAUUAGAGACAACUGGCUGGACAACAUCGACUGGGUGAGAGUUAAAGAACAGCCUUUCAAACAAAAGAAGAAAGGUCUUGCAGCCAAACGGAAACGCAGAGUCGGUGAUGAGGAUGAGGCUGAGGAAGAGAAACAGAGAGAAGAGAAACAGGCAGACAAAGAAAAUGACGAAGAAGAAGAGGAGGAGGAGGCAGAGCCUGCAGAAGACCCGCUGGCAUCCUACACACAACACCAGCUCACUGAAGCUGUGGUCGAACUGCUGCUACCUGGGGAGACGGUGGCCAAGGCGCUCCGACGGCUGGGAGGCCUUGGAGGACAGAAAAAAGGGAAGCUGAGACAAGAGACUGAACCAACAGAGGAAACCAAAAGGGAUGCAGAAAAACUCGACAGGCUCACAGCUUUAGCUGACAGAUUGGUUGGAUCUGGGAUGUUUGAGAUUUAUCAGCAAACAUAUGAAAAACUGGCCUAUUUGAUGAAGAGCAUGAGCAGCAAGCGACCAGCUGUGAGGGAGGGAGCCAGUGGUGAUGAAGAAGAAGAUGAACUGGACAUGUUCGGAGAUAAAUUUGAUGAGAAGCAAACCCGCAAAACAGAUGAUAAAGAUGAAGAAGGCAGAAGAGUGAGUGAUGAAGUGAUGUGGGAGUACAAAUGGGAAAAUACAGAUGAUUCAGAAGUGUUUGGCCCCUUCACCAGUCAGCAGAUGCAGGAUUGGGUGGAUGAAGGCUAUUUCAGCACUGGUGUUUACUGCAAGAGGGUCGACCAGGAGGGCGCUCAGUUCUACAACUCCAAUAGACUGGACUUUGAGCUGUACACAUGAUUUUAGUCCACGAAUCAACAGUCACGCUUUGCCCUUAAACUUUCUUUAAUCUUUUCAACUUGGGCUCUGGUCUGUCAUUUUAACAGGGACUUUGUUUUCUGUACAUUGUUUUUAAAUAAAUCAGUCAUGUUUGUGGUGUUGCUAAAAGCCUUUUUUAAUUUUUAUUUUUUUGAACCAAA